AUGAGAGGUCUCUAUAUCAUACGUGGUCCUCUAUAUCGGCCCUUGUUGGCUCGCUCGCCGCAAGUUCUAAAGCGACACAAAUUCUCAGGCCGGACCAAGCCGGCUGAAAAAUCCAAGACUUCUCUCCCCAAUACUCCAGCUAGGACGCGAUUUGCACCAUCUCCAACUGGAUAUGUGCAUAUAGGCUCGUUGAGGACAGCACUAUAUAAUUACUUGCUUGCAAGGGCCACGGGCGGCCAGUUCAUACUCAGGGUUGAAGACACGGACCAGUCUCGAAUUGUAGAAGAUGCCGAGACGAGGUUAUUCGAAGAUCUAAAAUGGACCGGGUUGAGUUGGGAUGAAGGUCCCGAUGUUGGUGGAGAGUAUGGCUCAUAUAAGCAGUCGGAGAGAUUAGAGCUGUAUAACCAGCAUGCGGAACAACUGAUAAAUGAAGGCCUCGCUUAUCGAUGCUUCUGCACGCCUGAGGACUUGGAUCAGAUGAGAUCCAUAAAUAUUCAGGAGGGCAAGCAGCCCAUCUACAAUGGGACCUGCUCGCACAUCUCUCCAGAUGCAUCCGCGCGUCGGGCAGGGAACGGCGAGCCGCAUUGUGUACGAUUCAAAUGCGGCCAGCAGCCUGUCGUCAACGAUCUCGUCUACGGUUACUACAAGAAGCCUACCGUAGAAGAUGACUUCAUCAUUAUUAAGCAGGACGGGUAUCCAACCUACCACUUUGCUAACGUCGUCGAUGACCAUCUAAUGGAGAUUACACACGUUAUUAGAGGAGCUGAAUGGCUAGUAUCUACACCCAGGCACGUAGCACUCUACGAGGCCUUCGGAUGGCAGAUGCCUCUAUUCGCGCACGUCGGACUCCUAGUCAACGAAGAGAGGCAAAAGCUGAGCAAGCGCCAUGGCGACGUCGAUAUCGCAUCUUGGCGAGAUCGGGGUAUAUUACCUAGCACACUACUCAACUACGUCAUGCUGCUGGGCUGGAGCAUGGGGAAGGGUGUAAAGGGGCAGCAGGAAGUUAUGGAUCUGAAAGACAUGGUCAAAAGGUUCCAUCUCGGCUUCACCAAGGGCGACAUAACAGUCAACAACAAGCACGAGUACCUACAAAAAGCACACGUAAAGCGUCUCGCCCAAGCACACGGCCCCUCACGCGUCUCCCACAUCCUCCUCCCAGCUCUCACAUCCCGUGUGCAAAAAUACGAAGACGCACGCAACGCAGACUCCGAAGACCCAACCCCAGCCCCUGGCAUCAACAGCAAAAUCGUAUCCGAGCUAGGCCCCAUGGUCCCUCUCGCCAGCGAUACCACCGCCACCACCGCAACCAUCUCCAAACCUUAUCUAGACCAAGUCCUACAGCUCGACAUGCAGAACUAUAAAGACGCCGAGACCUACGUAUCGCGCAACCGGUUCCUAAUCUGGCAAGUCCCGGAGUCGCUGUACCGCUCCAGUUUACACGAGGAGACAGCGAACGUGGACGAAAUAUACACGGACCGGGAGUUAGGUACGCCUGUCGAAGAGGAGCUGCAAGAGGAAGAAGAAGAAUACGAUGAUGACGAAGAGGAGCGGCAGGGCGGGGACCAAGACCGCUACCCCCAGACCGUAUCGGGACUUACGGCCACGCUGCGCGAUAUUCUGGAAGCCUUGGAGGAUUCGGAGUGGACUAAACAGAGGAUCGAGAGUGCUAUCUUGCCGUUCUUGAGGUCUAUCUACGCUACGUCGAAGACUUCCGAGUCGGGCUCUAGUCACCAAGAGCCGCAGCUCUGGGGAUACCAUCUCCUGCGCUGGGUCGUCGCUGGGUCGCGGCCCGGACCGUCGUUGAUACCGAGUUUAGUUGUACUAGGCAAGGAGGAGACUAUGAGACGGGUGGAUGAGGCGUAUGAAGUAGCUAAGAGCGAAGAAGUUGAAGAAGUCGAGUCGGAAGUUUAG